AUGGCCACCCGACGUAUUGUUGCUACGGAAAAGACCUUCCUUGAUAAGGAUGACCCUAUUGACGAAACCUCAAGCACAGCUCCUGCUGUACCCAGCCAAGUCAUUUACAAGCUCCUGGCCUUUACUUUUGCCAUGGUGUUUAUACCAAUUGGUUCAUACUUCCUCACCGUCAACACUGUCUUCAAUGGCAAGUCUCUCCACACAUUCCUGUGCAACUCUUCUUUCGCCGGCGGCUUGGCUGCUGUGCUGGCCAAUGUCGUCCUCAUAGGAUACAUUAUCGUUGCCAUGAAGGAGGACCAGUCGGACCAACUAAAGGCGGAAAACAAGAAGGACAAGUAG